AUGAGUCGAAUCAAACCGAGAAGUGCUCGAAAGAUGGAAAUUACUGAAGAAGCCUCUCCAACCGCGCCACUCCACCUGAGUUUGUUGACUUUGGGUGAGAUGCUGGAUGAGUAUAUCUGCUUGAAGGAGCAGAAGGUGAUGUUGGAUCAAGAUCGGGUCGUUAUGGAGCAAGAGAAGAACCGGGUUCAGAUGCUGUUGCAAGGCAUGCAUAAUGUGAUGAUUGCUUACAAUGCCAGUGGAAACCUCCCUGCACCUGCUGCAAAAUCAGCGGUUGUAGCGGUUCCUCAACCAACUUUUAGUUACAAAUCUCAUCCAGGGAAUCCUACUUCUGUGCAAAACAAAUUGAACACACCAUUAUUGCCUCAAUCUAGCAAUUCAAAUGCCGAGGGUGGAAACAUGUCGACAGUACCAAUAGUGAAUGUAUCUGACAAAAAGAGAAAGGAUACUAAAACUGCGGAUGCUCCUCCCGCUGCUAAAAAAUCUCGUGGUAGAUCAUCCAGUAGGAAAAUUCCUGUCCAAGGUCAAAAUGCUCCUCAACAAUCUGAUAACGUUGUCAAUAAUACAAUUGUAGCUCAGCCUUCAGCCAUUCAGUCUUCAUCAGAGAACUGCAUACCCAGGCAAUCACAAGUUCAGGGAUCCAAUGUUGCUAAAUGCUUAUUCAACCAGUCUACACCAUCUGUUCCAAGUAAUUCACCGGUUCCAAAGACACCACCUAGAACAAAAUCUUCUCACAGUGAUACACAUGUAUCCCCUUCUGAGAUUUCUUCAGUUGCAACCGGUAAAUGUGCAGUUACACCCAUCUGUUGCACUGUAAAGCCUCCACCG